UGUCUUUCAGUUAAGAUGACCACAGAUUCAACAGAUUUUGCAUCACGGAGCUUCGAGGCUUUGGGUGGAGACGUGUCUAAUCAAGUCUUAGAGGUGUCUGAUUUGAUUACCUAUGUAACAGACCUGCAUUUCAACAAGCAGAAAUUGGAGGAGGAAAAUAAUAAGUUUAAAUUGGCAUUAGAAACCUUGGAAGAAGCUAACAGCCAGUUAUCUCAGGACUGCACUGAAUUGCACCUUCAGAUAAAAAGUGCCCACCAGGCUAUUAUGAGAACAAAUCUGUUAAAAGAAGAACUGGAGGAACUGAAAAUUUGUAUGAGCGCCUCAGAAGAGCAGAAGACCAUGGUUAUAGCCCAGAACAAACAAUUAGAGACAGAAAACCGGGCUCUGAUUCUUAAGAUUCGGAUUCUCCAAGAAGAGAAUGCUAAGAACAUUAUGGAUAUAUAUAAAUUGGAAGAGAAGAUUGAGGAAUUAUCUAAAACUGAGAAUGAGCACCAAAUGCAGUUACACACAUAUGAGAACACUUUGCUUCAUAAAGAUGCAAGUUUGCAGAAGAAGGAUUUGAGUAUAGAAGAACUUAAGUCAACCAUCAUAGAACACGGACGCAUUAUUGAGGGCUUACGAGGCGAUAAAAACAGACUGGCUCAUGAGUUACAGCGCUUGCAACAGGAGCUCAUCAUAAAUGGAAUCCAGUUGACCGUUAAUGGCGAGCGUAAGAAUAUCAACUCUGAAGGAGAGAAAUCUUUACAUUGUGAACUCAUUCUUGCUCAGUCUGCAGAGAACAAUGAAACUGAGUGGCAGUGCAAUUUAAUCAGCUUGUCGUCUCUGGACGUGACGGUGGACCAAGAAAUGCCACUGUUACUGGGAGAACUUGAGCAGCAGGGGGUGGAGUUCGCAGCUACGCUUCAGAAGCUGCAUGAAGAUGUUUCUGAAGUUGAAGCGCUCAUUGGAAGUUCUCUACCGUGGGUAACUGAUCCAGAAAUUACUCUGAGAGAAAAGUGGGAGAACAAGCUUACUGAAUUCAAAUCUAUCAUGGAGGAGAAACUAAAUCUUUGCCUAUUAAUGCCGAGCAGCUUGAGAAACCACAAAGAAUCACUUGAUAAAGAGUUUGUCAAACUGAUAGAGAUUUUGAAGCAAUUCAGGCUGGAAUACUUUUAUUUCAGAAAAGAAUUUCUUUCCAGGCAGAAACAACUAGAAGCCAUCACACAACUGCAAGAAGAUGCUGUCAGCCAGGAAGCCAUCUUCAGGAAGAAGGUCCAAGAAGCCAGCCAAUGGUUGGAGGACGCAGAGAAGCAGGUGGAGGAUGGAGAUCGGGCAGCCCACUCUGCCAGUGAGAAAGCUAAGCCUUUGCGGCAUAAAUUAGAGGAAGCAAUUUCGGAACAACGGAAUCGCCAGACUAUAAAUACUGAGUUAGUGAACUCUUGCCAGACACUUGAGCAGAAGACGAGAAAACCAAAAACAACAGUUGAAUCACUAAGACAGAAGUUCAUCAAAGGACAACUCCAUGGCUUGCUGUUUCAGAGCUGUUUAGAUGAGGAAUUUCUUCCCAGCAUUCCCUUGAAUGGCACAGAUAGAAUUCAUCAACCUCUCCAAGGACAACUGAGGAGGUGUUGCCCUAAACAACGGAACAGUCAAGAAGCAAGAAUACAUCGGCUACCCCUGACCUUCAAACACACACGCUGGGACACACCUCUGCUGGAUGCCUUGCAUCUGGAUCGUCUUACAGGGGUUCCAAGACUGGAAUUGACGCCUUUCCCACGUGUAGCCAACCAAAUCCAUGCUUCAUGUGAAAGGUCCAAAUAUGGAGAAAUAGAGGACGGUGCUUUGGAUGUGACUGAAAGACAAAAGUGCCCAGGCCCUGCCACCGGCCCCCACCCAGGAACAGAUCUUUCAGGUUGCACCAGCAUGAAUAAUGACCUAAGUAUGGACGAGAAUGGUGUUGAAUGCUCAUAUUCUGAGAGCCUGCCACAGUCCAGGGAACACUCCACGCUACCAUCACCUGGACACACUUCAUCUACAGAAAGUACUGUGACUCCAAGUGAUUCUGGAUCAGAAAUUUUGAAUAUGGCUUCUGCUGACCUUGGAUGUAAACCACUGGGUGAGAAAGAGGAGGAAAAAAGAUCAGUUUCUGCUGGGCUAAAGAGUGGAGGCAGAAGUCCAGCUCCUGAAAAUAUUGUAGUCCAGGGCUCCGUGAGUGAAGGAAAAACCACGUUAAAUCUGGAAGCCAUAGCGGAACCAGGAACAAGAGAGGAGCACAGAAAAGAAUGUGCUGCAGGAGAUGCUGCUCUUUCCUCCCUCCCUGUAACCACUGUGAAGUCCGUUAACUUUAGACAGAGUGACAACAUUUCUACUAAUGAGAAGGAGGUAGAGGCCGAAUUUCUCAGAUUAUCUUUGGGAUUUAAAUGCGACUGGUUCACCUUGGAGAAAAGAGUGAAGCUUGAAGAAAGAUCCCGUGACUUGGCAGAAGAAAAUCUGAAGAAAGAAAUCACUAACUGUCUAAAACUGUUAGAGUCUUUAACCCCUCUUUGUGAAGAUGACAGCCAGGCUCAGGAAAUCAUUAAGAAGCUGGAGAAGAGCAUAACAUUCCUCAGCCAGUGCACAGCACGAGUGGCCAGUAGGGCUGAGAUGCUGGGAGCCAUUAAUCAGGAAAGCCGGGUUAGUAAAGCAGUAGAAGUGAUGAUUCAGCAUGUAGAGAAUCUGAAAAGAAUGUAUGCCAAGGAGCACGCUGAGUUAGAAGAACUAAAACAGGUUCUUUUGCAGAAUGAAAGGUCUUUUAACCCUCUUGAAGAUGAAGAUGACUGCCAAAUUAAAAAACGUUCGGCUUCCCUAAACUCUAAGCCAUCUUCUCUUCGAAGAGUGACCAUUGCCUCUUUGCCCAGAAAUAUUGGAAAUGCGGGAAUGAUGGCUGGGAUGGAAAAUAAUGACCGAUUCAAUCGGAGGUCAAGCAGUUGGCGUAUUUUGGGCUCAAAGCAGAGUGAACAUCGUCCCUCAUUACAUCGAUUUAUUAGCACCUAUUCCUGGGCAGAUGCUGAAGAAGAAAAAUGUGAACUAAAAACUAAAGAUGACUCAGAACCACCUGGAGAAGAAGCAGUAGAAAGGACAAGAAAGCCCAGUCUUUCUGAAAAGAAAAAUAAUCCAUCAAAAUGGGAUGUAUCUUCGAUUUAUGGCACAGUAGCUUCCUGGGCAACGAGCCUCAAGACUUCCAUCAGAGAGGCCAACAGGGCACUCUGGCUUUCUGUCGUGCUCAUUGUGCUGUUUGCGGCGCUGAUGAGCUUCUUCACAGGCCGAUUCUUCCAGAAAUCCGUGGAUGCGGCGCCCACACAGGCUGGGGACUCCUGGAUGUCUCUGGAACAUAUCUUGUGGCCAUUUACCAGACUCCAGCACAAUGGGCCACCACCAGUGUGACUGCAGCACAUCCCAAUGUGUGUCUAGAUUUUUUUUUUUUUUUAAAGUUUCAGUAUCUGAAGUUUGUAAACUAGUAACUUUUAGCUGGGAGAUUAUAGCGUGGAACCAGAGGUUCUCAGAAUGACUGUAAGAUAUUUUAUAUUCCCCCCCUUUUUGUGACUGCCUUCCUCACUGAAGUACAAUGGGGAGGAAGGCUGCCUAUGACUUUUUAAUGAACUUUUUGAGGAGGAGAUAUUAUUGUUUGUUAAAAUUUAUUGAAAUAAAGAACCAUUCAAAUUUUCAUACAGUCAAAAGUUGGAACUCUCAGUAGGCUAAGUAUACAUAGGGAAAAAUCCCUAAUUCUUAAAAAAAAAAUUUGAGUAUAUAAAAUACUGAUUAGAUCUUUUAAUAGCCUAUUUGAAAAAUACUCACUCAUUCUACGUUAUUGAUGAAAUACCUGAUUUUUCUCCAAGUUGCCUGAUCCUUUCUUCAUACUGAGUAACAUUUAUCAGGGGGGAUUUAAGAAUAGCUGAGUAACCUAGUUGAGAGGAGCAGAUGGCAUACAGAGUCAAUAAACUGACAGCUGGAAAGCCUGACUUUCUCCAUUGCUUCUUCAGAAGCAAAAUCCUUCACCAUGUGAUAUAAAGUAGAAUGAAACUCAGUUUCUUCUUUGAGGGCUUUAGAGAAUGCCUCACUGGAUUCAUUGAUCUUGAGACUUUGGGCCCUGUCACCACUAAACAUUAGAAAGUUCCAGUUAGGAUUCUGACUAGGUUCUUCUUUUGUAAGGUGUUCCCGCACCUGAAGAAAAUAUUAGAAGAGGAACUGAACAGAUUUCUCUAUGAGGUAUUUUGGCAGCAGAAAGUCUUAUCUGAAGGGCGUAACUGAGUUCCCCAAAUUGCCAACAUUAAAAGAAACAUUCUUAACGUCUCCUUUUUUUUUUUUAAGCAUGGAACUGUUUAUAUCUUGGUGUUUAUGGAGCUUAUCAAAAUGUAUUAAUUCUCUGAAAAGUAUUUAUUGAAUGGCUUCAAGUGCCAGGUACUGUUCUAGGUGCUGGGGCUAUAACAACAACAAAACUAAGGGAAAAUAACCAACUGCAUUAAUAAAUAACAAACAACUGCAACAACAGAAUCUUGUCUUCAAGGAGCUUACAUUCUAAUGGGAGAAACACAUAAUGAACAGGAUAAAUAAAUAGGGUGACUCAUUUAUGAUAAAAUACUCAACAGUCAACUUGUAGAAUUGGUAAGAUACUUUUUUUUUUUUUUAAAUCAAGCAGUAGAAAUGGGCCAGAAAGUUAAACUGGAAGCCUAACCCUCUCAGAGGAAGUUUGUGAAUCACAGAUACAGUCUCAUGAAAGGCUUCAUCUGCUCUUAAGUUGAUGUGAAGGGAGAUAAGGACGCUAACCUAAAAUCAAGAGCAUUUGAUACCAUAAUGGACAGCGAAGGCAUAACCUUUACAUGGUUUGGUUUUAUAGUUUUGACAAAAAUAAAGAAAAAUGAAGUUUUAAAACUCCAUUUUGAAUGUUAAUGUUUUCACCUUUUAAGAGGAGAAACCAUGGUCUACGUUCAUUUAGCUUUUCAGUAUUUUAUCUUCUUUGGGAGGGCAAAGUAGUUUAAUGGGGUUUUGCAUACUAUACCUUAAAUACAACAUUUUUAGGAUCACAUUCUGUAUUCCACCUGCUCCAACUAAAUGCAAAAGCGGAACUUAGCAGGGCCAUUUGUCGAUAAGCUUUCAUUUCUACCAAAGGAAGCUGUCAAAAUAAAAACCAAUAUUGUGGCUCAUGGCGCCUCUCAAGUCUCCCUUCCAUCCCUGGCCUCCUACAGUCUCGUCUGCUCUCAACACGGAGAGAGGCACUUAAACUCUAAGAUCUCAUGCCUUCUUUCUCAAAACGGGCAGCGGCGUCCCCCUUCUCCCAGAGUAGAAUCCACAAUCCUCCAUGAGGGCCUCUGCGACCUGACGUCCCCCCUACACCCCGUUCUCUCUCCGACCUCCUCCUCCUCCUCCCUUGGCUCUCCCGGCUCCCCGCCUCCGUGCUGCCCCUCUAGUCCCCAGACACACUCCCCCAGGGCCCUUGUUUCAGCUUCUCUCUCUACCUGGAAGCUGCCAUCCUUCUAGAGAUACCAGCUUGGCUAACUUCCCCACCGUGAGGUUUUGCUCCGUCUUACCUUCUCACUGAGCCCCCUCCCCCACACCCUACUUAAUACUGAUUGCUGCCCUAACCCCACUAUUCCUGAUCUACAUUUUCUUUCUCCCAUACCACGCAUCCCCUUUUGACAUACAGGAUAAUUUUGUUUAUCACGUUUAUUAUUUACUUUUGCCUCUCUCUACUAGAAUGUAAGCUCCACAAGGGCAGGAACCUUUGUUUUAUUCAGUUUCCUAAGCAUCUAAAACAAUGUCUAGAAUAUAGGGGUUCAGAAAAAAAUUCUUGAAUACUAUAUUCUGGUAAGAUGAAUAGUGUAUUCAGCAUUUGUAGAGUAAUUGGCAGUUUGAGUUACUAAAACCCAGGUAGUUUUUUUUUCCCUACUCAUUUAUGUACAUGCUCUUAUUGAUACAAUUAUUUCAAAUGUUCUGUCUACCUAUAUUGUCAUUUUCUGGUAUAUUAUAAAUUUGUUCUUGAGUAUAGAACUCUUCUGCCCAAAACACCUUUCAUAAUUAGAAGCUACUUUGUCUUCAUUCAUAUGUGAUAAAUGUUUGCCAAACAUGCACUGUAUUCUAGGAGUGGGCUAACUAGAAGAACCAACGUUGAUUAAGAAAUGGUCCUCGCCCUCAAGGAGCUCAGUUUAACAUGCAAGCAUCUCAGUUAACUAAAGCCUUACGAGUAACGUAAGUCUGCAGACAGGGAGGCUCUGCCAAGAAACCGAAAGAAGUGGGUUUUGUACACUGGUCCCUGUAUGUUUAAUUUUGCCUGAUUUAUCAUGUUUGGGAAACUGCUAUGUCAUAUACUCUUUUAAGAAAUCUUACAUAUAUCCAGUCUGGAGGAAGAAAGAAAAUACAUAAAACGAAGUUGCUCAGACUACCUCUGCACUAAACUGACCAGCUGGGGUUGUGCUCCAUGCAUUAACAUGAAGGUCGUACUACAGGCUUACUUUCUUGGGGAAGAUUAAAUUUGAGAGAACUCCGGA